CUAUAAAGCUCCGACUCCCGUACCGAGAAUACCAAACCUCGACUAAUCUUCAUCUCAGACUAAUCUAAAUCAGGGUAUACCCGUCAAUCCGACAAUUGAUCCUUCGUCAAAAACACAAUGUCCACCGCAUCACCAUCCUCAUCCUACACCCUAGUCCCCUUCUCCCCCUCUCGCAUCCCACAAACCGCCGAGCUCCUCUUCACCUCAAAGCUCGGCCUAACAAUCAACCGCCUUCUCUUCAAGAACUGGCCCAACGAAGAAAUCCAGCGCCGGAAUUAUACCGCUGUUCUAGAGGGUCAGCCUCGUUCAGGGAGUGAGGCGUUGAGUGUGCUUGAUGAGGUCUCUGGGGAGGUUUUGGGGCAUUUGAGUAUUACGAGGAAGAGGCCUCUUCAGGAGAAGAAGGACAAUAUAGAGGAGGAGAAGGCUGGUGAAGGGAAGCAGGAGGUGCCGGAUUUCUUCAAUCCAGAGGUCCUCGCGGCUGUCCAGUCGGCUGUUGGCGAGCUUUCCAGUUGGUUAGACGGUGUUGAUCAUCUUGAAAUCACAUACAUAAUCGUCGCCCCAGCCCACCGCAACCAUGGAAUCGGCAGGAUGCUCAUGGAAUACGUCUUGGACAAGGCAAAAUCCCUCAAUAUCCCCGUCUCCCUCUCCUCAGAGCCGCAAGUAUAUGCAUUCUUCAAGAAAUGGGGGUUUCAGGAUACGAAGCAUGUGGACUUUGAUCUUGCGGAGUGGGCCCCCCCGCAUUCUGGGUUUGGGAUCUUUAGGCUUGCGGGGCUGAUUUGGUAUCCUUGAUUUGAGCGUGCGUGAGCAGGGAACAAAGAGUAGAGUUUUGUUGGGGUGUGCUGAGAGUGCGACUGGGCAGUUUCUCGUCCCUUAAGAGCAGUGUCUUUGUCUGCGUGCCUAUAUUAUGAAAAGAAUUUUCGCCAGAGGAUAAGCUGGCCAUUUUGCUAGACAAUCCCUCUAGAUCAGAACCUCUGACUCAACUCAUAUCCAUCCCCUCCCCUACCUCUCCCCGCCAGCCCACACCGACCCAAUGCGCUGACCAAACAAAGGUCUUUGUACAGUACAUAGGUUUCAGGUCCGCUUCAUCUAUCCCGAAAUCGAUAGGUAUCCAAAUAAAUAUAUAGCUUGA